CAAAAUUAUAUUUCUGAUGACCAACAUCUACCUGUCUAUGUCCUUACAUGGAAUUUAUGAGACAUAAAGUACUCUCAUCGCAAAUAGGUAAAGAAUAACUGAUAUGAAACUUUCUUGACGAGGUACUAUUACCAUAUGCUACAAUGUGGAUCGUUUGAGGGUCAUCAAACUUAAUCAAAGAACCACGUAAUCUAAAAUACUACUUCGUUAUACUUGAUCAACAUAUUCGCUCAAAUAAUAUUCGAUCCCCUUGUGGUACUAUUACUUCAUAUCAGAUAACAUUGCUCAUACGUAAUAAAUAAUUACGUAUUUUUUAAUAUAUCUAAUAAAAUUUCUUCAGCUACUUCUAAAACAUCCUCACUAUAUCCUAAUUACAUUGAAGUUCAGUAAAGAUCGAUUAAGCUACUAACUUCACAAGUCCCCUCAUAACCGCAUUUCUGCAAUGAACAUCCAUAUCGAACGAUGAACAUUUCCAAAUCGUUGUAACCGAAAGUAUGAACGUAGAACGGCAGCGCGCGUUCGCGGAGUACCAGAAGAUCCUCGACGAGUUGAGAGCCGCGUUCCUGGAUCGAUGGAAGGUUACGAAGAACGACAACGUUUCGAUGAAGGACUUCGAACGGUUCCGAACGAUCGGCACCGGUGCGUUCGGCCGGGUCCUCCUCGUCAAAUACCGGCCGACGAACGCCUUCUACGCGAUGAAGGUCUUAGACAAGGCGAAGAUCGUCAAGAUGAAGCAAGUGGAUCACACGCGCAACGAGAAGAGGAUACUGCAGUGCGUGAAGUUUCCUUUCCUCGUUUACAUGGAGUUCUUCUUUAAAGACAACUCGUACGUGUACAUGGUGUUGCCGUUCAUAAAUGGCGGUGAGAUGUUCACGCAUCUGAGACGGAUGGGAAAGUUUGAUGAAGGUUUGGCGAGAUUCUAUGCUGCACAGGUGGCUCUGGCCUUGGAAUAUCUUCAUCAUUGCAGUCUCGUGUACAGAGACUUAAAACCGGAGAAUAUUCUGAUACAGAACACGGGUUAUAUUCGAGUGACGGAUUUUGGUUUCUGCAAAAUGAUCGACGGCAGAACGUGGACGCUAUGUGGCACUCCCGAGUACCUGGCACCGGAGGUGAUCCUGUCGAAGGGUUACGGGAAGUCGGUCGACUGGUGGAGCUUCGGUGUUCUGAUCUACGAGAUGAACGCUGGCUACCCGCCAUUUUAUUCGAGGGACCCCAUGAAGAUUUACGAGAAGAUCGUCGCGGGAAAGUACAAAUUCGCGCAUCAUUUCGGGGAGGAGCUGAAGGAUAUUCUGAAGAACAUACUGCAGGUGGAUCUGUCUAGACGAUACGGGAACUUGAAGGGUGGUUCCAUGGACAUCAAAACGCACAGAUGGUUUCAGUCGACGGACUGGAAUCAGAUUUAUCACCAGAAGAUUCAACCUACUUUCAUACCGAAGUGCUCAGCACCGGACGACACCAGUAACUUCGAUCAUUACGAGGAGGACUCGUUGAGGGUGGACGCCGUUGACCGAUUCGCCAAAGAGUUCGAAAAUUUUUAGUGGCGGGAAUAGUUGACUGUGAUCAGUACAUGGUUCUAGU